CUCAUCAGGUGCGAAGUGUGUGCUUUAGUGUCGUGGUAGGCCUGCCUUCCCAGAGAGGGAGGGGAAAGGUUGUAACCACUCCUUUGAGGGGGAAUCACCGAAGUCACCGUCGUGGGUUUGCACAGUCGGACGGGCGGCGCCAUGGCGGAAAGAAAAAGAACAACCAAAGUGGACUUCUUGAAGAAGAUUGAGAAGGAAGUUCAACAAAAAUGGGAUGCCAAGAAAGUGUUUGAGGUCAAUGCAUCUAAUUUAGAGAAACAGACUAGCAAGGACAAGUACUUUGUAACCUUCCCAUAUCCAUAUAUGAAUGGGCGCCUUCACUUGGGACAUACAUUUUCUUUAUCCAAAUGUGAGUUUGCAGUAGGGUACCAGAGAUUGAAAGGAAAAACUUGUCUGUUUCCCUUUGGUUUACACUGUACUGGAAUGCCUGUUAAGGCAUGUGCUGAUAAAUUGAAAAGAGAAAUAGAGCUUUAUGGUUGCCCCCCUGAUUUUCCAGAUGAGGAAGAGGAAGAAGAAGAAAUCAGUAUUAAAACAGAAGAUAUAAUAAUUAAGGAUAAAGCUAAAGGAAAAAAGAGUAAAGCUGCUGCUAAAGCUGGAUCUUCUAAAUACCAGUGGGACAUUAUGAAAUCCCUUGGUCUGUCUGAUGAAGAGAUAGUCAAAUUUUCUGAAGCAGAAUAUUGGCUUGACUAUUUCCCACCACUGGCUGUUCAGGAUCUGAAGAGAAUGGGUUUGAAGGUAGACUGGCGUCGUUCCUUCAUCACCACUGACGUUAAUCCUUACUAUGACUCGUUUGUCAGGUGGCAGUUUUUAACAUUAAGAGAAAGAAGCAAAAUUAAAUUUGGGAAGCGGUAUACCAUUUAUUCUCCAAAAGAUGGACAGCCUUGUAUGGAUCAUGACAGACAAACUGGAGAGGGUGUUGGACCUCAGGAAUAUACUUUAAUCAAGUUGAAAGUGCUUGAGCCGUACCCAUCCAAAUUAAGUGGCUUGAAAGGGAAAAAUAUCUUCUUGGUAGCUGCUACUCUAAGACCUGAGACCAUGUUUGGACAGACAAACUGUUGGGUUUGCCCUCAUAUGAAGUACAUUGGAUUUGAGACAGUGAAUGGAGAUAUAUUCAUCUGCACCCAAAGAGCCGCAAGGAAUAUGUCAUACCAGGGCUUUACGAAGGACAAUGGAGUGGUGCCUGUUGUUAAAGAGUUAAUGGGAGAGGAUAUUCUUGGUGCAUCACUUUCUGCACCUUUAACAUCUUAUAAGGUGAUCUAUGUUCUCCCAAUGCUCACCAUCAAGGAGGAUAAAGGUACUGGUGUGGUCACAAGUGUUCCUUCUGACUCCCCCGAUGAUUUUGCUGCCUUCAGAGACUUGAAGAAAAAGCAAGCUUUACGAGCAAAAUAUGGAAUUAGAGAUGACAUGGUCUUGCCAUUUGAGCCUGUGCCAGUCAUUGAAAUUCCAGGCUUUGGACAGCUUUCUGCUGUAACCAUGUGUGAUGAGUUGAAAGUUCAGAGCCAGAAUGACCGAGAAAAACUUGCAGAAGCAAAGGAGAAAUUAUACCUAAGAGGCUUUUAUGAUGGUGUAAUGUUGGUGGAUGGAUUUAAGGGACAGAAGGUCCAAGACGUAAAGAAGACUAUUAAAAACAAGAUGAUUGACACUGGAGAUGCAUAUAUUUACAUGGAACCAGAGAAACAAGUUAUGUCCAGGUCUUCAGAUGAAUGCGUCGUGGCCCUGUGUGACCAGUGGUACUUGGAUUAUGGAGAAGAGAACUGGAAAAAAAAGACAUCCCAGUGCUUGAAGAACCUGGAAACGUUCUGUGAGGAGACCAGGAGGAAUUUUGAAGCUACCUUAGAUUGGCUGCAAGAGCAUGCUUGCUCAAGAACUUACGGCUUAGGUACUCGUCUGCCGUGGGAUGAGCAGUGGCUGAUUGAAUCACUCUCUGACUCCACUAUUUACAUGGCAUUUUACACAGUUGUACAUCUGUUGCAGGGAGGUAACUUGCGUGGACAGGCAGAGUCUCCACUGGGCAUCAGACCACAGCAGAUGACCAAGGAAGUUUGGGAUUAUGUUUUCUUCAAGGAGGCUCCAUUUCCUAAGGCUCAGAUCCCAAAGGAAAAAUUAGAUCAGUUAAAGCAGGAAUUUGAGUUCUGGUAUCCUGUGGAUCUUCGAGCGUCUGGCAAGGAUCUUAUUCCAAAUCAUCUUUCAUAUUUCCUUUAUAAUCAUGUGGCUAUGUGGCCAGAAGAAAGUGAUAAAUGGCCUGUAGCUGUGAGAGCAAAUGGACAUCUCCUCCUCAACUCUGAGAAGAUGUCAAAAUCCACAGGCAACUUCCUCACUUUGACCCAAGCUCUUGACAAAUACUCAGCCGAUGGAAUGCGCUUGGCUCUAGCUGAUGCUGGUGACACUGUUGAAGAUGCUAACUUUGUGGAAACCAUGGCAGAUGCAGGUAUUCUCCGUCUGUACACCUGGGUGGAAUGGGUGAAAGAAAUGGUUGCCAACUGGGAUAGCCUAAGAAGUGGUCCUGCCAGCACCUUCAAUGAUAGAGUUUUCGCCAGUGAAAUGAAUGCAGGCAUUAUAAAAACAGAUCAAAACUAUGAAAAGAUGAUGUUUAAAGAAGCUUUGAAAACAGGGUUUUUUGAGUUUCAGGCUGCGAAAGAUAAGUACCGUGAAUUGGCCAUAGAAGGGAUGCACCGAGACCUCGUCUUCCGGUUUAUUGAAGUUCAGACACUUCUCUUGGCUCCAUUCUGUCCUCAUUUGUGUGAGCACAUCUGGACACUCCUGGGAAAGCCCGACUCAGUUAUGAAUGCUUCAUGGCCUCUGGCAGGUCCUGUGGAUGAAACCUUGAUACGCUCCUCACAAUAUCUCAUGGAAGUAGCACAUGACCUUAGACUGCGACUCAAGAACUAUAUGAUACCUGCUAAAGGGAAGAAGACUGACAAGCAGCACCCUCAGAAGCCUUCACAUUGCACCAUCUAUGUGGCAAAGAACUAUCCGUCUUGGCAACAUAUCACCUUGUCAGUUCUGCGUCAUCACUUUGAGACCAACAGUGGAAAAUUGCCUGAUAACAAAAUCAUUGCUAGUGAACUAGUCAAUUUGCCAGAAUUGAAGAAAUACAUGAAGAAAGUGAUGCCAUUUGUCGCCAUGAUUAAGGAAAAUUUGGAGAAGAUGGGACCUCGUGUUCUGGAUUUGCAAUUAGAAUUUGAUGAACAGGCAGUGCUCAUGGAGAAUAUAGUCUAUCUGACCAAUUCCCUUGAGCUAGAACACAUAGAAGUCAAGUUUGCCUCUGAAGCAGAAGAUAAAGUCAGGGAAGACUGCUGUCCUGGGAAACCACUUAAUGUUUUUAGAACAGAACCUGGUGUAUCAGUUUCCCUAGUGAAUUCUCAGCCAUUCAAUGGCCACUUCUCAACCAAAAUUGAAAUCAAGCAAGGAGAUAACCGUGAUUCUAUAAUCCGGCGUUUAAUGAAGGUGGACCGAGGAAUCAAAGACCUUUCCAAAGUGAAACUGAUGAGAUUUGAUGAUCCACUGUUGGGGCCUCGGCGAGUUCCUGUCCUGGGAAAAGAGCACGCUGAGAAGACCCCCAUUUCUGAGCAUGCUGUUUUCCACGUGGACCUCACGAGCAAGAAAAUUCAUCUUACUGAAAAUGGGCUACGGGCGGAUAUUGGUGAUACAAUGAUCUAUCUGGUUCAUUAAAUUCAGGCACAUUGGAGAUUUAUCCUGGUUUCUGGGGAUAUUACUACUAUGAUUGUGCCUAUAGAUGGGCUAUGAGAAUCUUAGGCUGGACCUAAAUAGAUUUCAUUUCUAACCAUCAGAUUCUGCAUGUACUUGUAAAUACACCAAGUUUUCUUGGAUUCCUGGACCUAAUAAAUUUUUUUCCUUA